GUAUUCCAGUCAGCACACUUUCGAGGCUCCCAAAGUCUUGUAGUCCAGAACUCUGCGAUUGUCAGUCGUUCCCAUUUGCAGCACAUAUAUUCGACUCUUAAUGGGAUCAGAAUUUCCCCCAGGACUCUGAGCGGGGCCUCUGAUCUCGGUACUCAGUAGAAGGUAGUUGGCAGAUCAUACGUCCCUACAGAAAAGUAAAAGGAGAAGUGUAGUCAGGUUAUGGUACCGAAAUAGCAUUCUUCAGCUGGCAUUGGGAGAACUGAAGCAGUCACAGUAAUCGACCAUGGAGAAAACUACUUUGUUGGUAAUUGUGUGCUUGCUGCAACUGACGGCAUCAGCCAUCAGUAACGAGGAUGCUCCUACAUGUACGAAGAGGAUCGACACGCAUUGUCAUUUCGUGCCACCAUUCUACGCUGAGCUGCUGCAUGAGAACAACAUCACUGCAGGAGGACGGGCAAUUCCGUCAUGGAGCGCUAUCCAACAUCUGGAAGUGAUGGAUCUGUUGAAUGUGUCUUUGUCCAUCGUUGCGAUUUCGACGCCUGCGGCUGUUCUCACGCGGGACUAUCCGGUGAAUGAAAGCCGCCAGCUCGCUCGACGGCUCAACGAGUAUGCUUACAACCUGUCCAUGGAGUACCCGCAGAGGUUCAGCUUCUUCGCCACUUUGACUCUACCGGACGUCGAGGGAUCCGUUGCCGAAGCUAUAUAUGCACUCGACACUCUGAACGCUGCAGGCGUCAUGAUUCUCGCCACUAGCUCCGAUGAACUGCUCGGUAGUCCACGUUUUGAUCCUCUAUAUGCUGAGCUAGACAAACGAAACGCCACCGUCUUCGUGCAUCCGAGCCAAUCUCCAUGUCCUGGACAGCAGUCAUUCAACGAAGGCAGUACGGGACUCCCUCCAUUCGCUGUGGAUUUCCUCCUGGACACGACGCGAGCGGCAGCGAAUCUGAUAUUCAGAAACGUGACGCUAAAAUACCCGAACGUGAAGCACAUUUUCGCUCAUUCGGGAGGGUUCCUUCCAUUCGCUACCUUUCGUAUCGUGAAAAUCUUGAAGGGGUUGACGAACCAAACAGAGGAGGCCAUCAUGUCUCAGUUGGAGACAUUCUACGUGGACACGGCGCUGUCGGCCUCCAAGUACGCGCUUCCCAGCACCAUUGCGCUUCUGGGCACAAACCACUUGACGUUUGGCAGUGACUACCCUUUCGCGCCAGCUGAUGCUUACAUUCCUAAUACAGAGCAUUUGGAUAAAUUCCUCCGAGAAGAUGUGACCACAACAGCCAAAAAACAGAUCAAUUUCAAAACAGCCGCUGAUUUGUUCAGCCACGUGCUCUCAGAGGACAUGGGCUACUGAUGGGAUACAGACAGAAGUAGAAAGGGAUAAUAUCAUGAAGAUAAGUUAUCACUCUAGAACUCAGAUUCGUGGUUUGAUUCACAGCAGAUAAAAAGAUUUUCAGGCUGCUUUUUAUCUGAAAAUAUAGUGUCUUGGUGAAGGGUUGUGAUCCUUUUGAUGAGUACUUGUGGCGAAAGUUUACAAUUGGUGAACAUAGUUUCCAAGGACUGAAUAUAUGUCCACGAUGCAAGGUGUGUCUUAUGUACACGUUUGUGUCCUUCUUCUUUCUUCACUAUAUUGAUGUACAUCUGAAUCAUCAAGGGCAGGUCAGGUUCAAAUUGCGGUUAGUAGUUAAUGGGAUGUAAUCACAGGUUAUAACGAUUGAUCAUGAGACAUCCGCAGUGGGAAGUGAACCACUCUCUUCCCUGAAGAAGUUUUGGUCUUGCGCAAUCUUAGAAACUGGACCCGGUUCAAGAGUAGAGGUACUCCUCAAAUCCUUCCUCUGUCGUCUCACAUGAAUGAAAAUCUGGAGGAAAUUUUAGAUGGUUACUGUUUAUGAUCUUCAAAAUCAGGCUUCAUAGAAAUUAUAAAGACAGCUCCAUUCUGUUAGUUGGAAUUAUUCUUAUCUUCAGGAUACGCUUUUUAUUCUAUUCUUUGCUAAUGCCAAUUCUUGGCAUAUGUGAAGCAAAGGAAAUAUUGAGGAGUUGGAGA